GCUUUGGUCGUAGUAAUGCAGAGUGUGUGAUAAUGAAUUGUUCAUUUGAUCGAAAAUCAUGCAACUAUGUAUAGAGUAGCUCACAAUAGCUAUCACUUCAAACAGUGAUUGAUCAGAUUGGAACAAACUUUAUUUAAAAGGAGUUGAUAAUGAAGCAGAGACUCAUUCUUUAUUUGGUUCUUGUUUUAACCUUCAUUUCUAACAUUUACAGUCAAGGUGCAGGAAGCUGUAGAAGCUCAACAAAUUGCCAUGAGUGUAUAGGAAAGGCUCAAUGUGCCUGGUGCUCAAAGGAGAAUUUUGCAUCAUCCCGAUGUGACUCACAAGAAAAUUUGCGGAACUUAGGUUGUCCUCCUAACAAUGUCUCUAACCCAAUUAGCAAGUCUACAAAUGAAGAGAAUAAAGAUGUUGGAGCCACCGUGCAGGUACAGCCUCAGAGAAUCAGGUUGGAUCUUAGAUCAGGAGAGACCACAACAGUGAAACUUACAGUGAGGCCUGCAGAAAACUACCCUGUAGAUUUGUACUACCUUAUGGACAUGUCAUAUUCUAUGAAAAAUGACCUGGAAAAAUUAACAACCUUGGCUUCAAAAAUAGCUGCAAGCAUGAGGAACAUAACAACAAAUUUUAAACUUGGAUUUGGUUCAUUUGUGGACAAGACAGUCUCUCCAUAUGUCAGAACUGAAACAAAGAAACCAUGUUUAAGUACUGCAGAUACAAGCACAGUUUGUGUACCUACAUAUGGCUUCAGGCACAUUCUUCCUUUGGUGGCUAACCCAGUUGAAUUUGAGGACAAAGUCAAGGAACAAGUUAUAUCUGGUAAUCUAGACGAACCUGAAGGUGGAUUUGAUGCUUUAAUGCAAGUGGCAGUUUGCGAAAAGGAAAUUGGUUGGUCUGUAAAUGGUACAUCUCGCCGUCUGGUUAUUUUUGUUACUGAUGCUCCAUUUCAUGUAGCUGGUGACGGAAAGCUGGGGGGUAUAGUGACUCCAAAUGAUGGUAAAUGCCACCUGAAAGACUUUAAUGGAGAGUACAUGUUGUAUUCAAAGUCUAAUGAACUGGAUUAUCCAUCCCUUGCUCAUCUUCAUGAUAAACUACAGCAGAGUAAUGUCCUUCCAAUAUUUGCUGUCAUUAAAGAGGUUUCAAGCCUUUAUCAGGGUGUAACGUCUAUGUGGAGUGACUUAGGAGCAGUAACUGGAGAGCUGGCAGAUGACUCUGCAAAUGUGGUGGACCUUAUUGAGAGAAAAUAUAAGGAAAUUGUUUCAUCUGUAAGCCUGGUGUAUAAUGCUCCUGAGAAGGUUUCAGUUACAGUCAAAGCCAAUUGUGGAGCUAACGCAGUCAGCGACCAAACCCAGAAGUGUUCAAAUGUGAAAAUUGGAGAAAAGGUUACUUUUGAUGUGUCAGUCACAUUGGAGCAAUGCCCACAAGAACAAGCUGAAUAUCAGAAGAGUUUCACGAUCCGUGUUCCAGGCUUUGGGGCUGUAGUGAUGGAUCUGAACUACAUUUGUCAGUGUGAGUGUGAGAAGCCGAGUAUGGCGGAAGCGAACAGCACCAAAUGUUCUGAUGGAAAUGGAACAUUUGCCUGUGGACAGUGUGUUUGUAAUAAAGGAAGGUACGGAGAAUUCUGCCAGUGCGACACGCCUUUUGACAAAUUAAAGGAUCAAUCUAAAUGCAAGAGUUCUCCCAACGCUACAGAUGAGGUGUUAUGCAGUGGAAACGGAGAGUGUGCUUGUGGAAAGUGUGUGUGCAAAGCGGAGCAAGGGAAAAGGUUUUAUGGAGACUUGUGCCAGUGUAAUGACUUCUCUUGUCCUGAAGAUAAAGGCCAAUUGUGUGGAGGUCCUGAUCGUGGAGUUUGCCGUUGCCGUAAAUGCCAGUGCAAGCCCAAGUAUCAUGGCGAUAACUGUGACAAAAAGAACUGUACAUUUUUUCCCCCCGAAACACAAUGCAAGAAGGAUGCAGAUUCGGAAAUCUGUGGAGGUUCUGACAGAGGCACGUGUGAAGCAGAUGUAGAAAACUGUCACAAGUGUGUCUGCAAGAGUGCGUAUGAUGGUACCUACUGUGAGAAAUGUCCAAACUGUGAAGAUGGCAUGUGUAGCCGCAAUGAAAAAUGUGCUCUGUGUUCAACAUUUGAAGGGAAAUCCUUAGAGGAGUGUAAACAGAGUGGAAGUUGUGAAGCUAAUGUUCUGGAAGUCCAGGUCGUGGAUGAUAUCAAAACAAAGACAGAUGAAGGACUGUAUCGAUGUGAGGGAGCCGUCGAUGGAUGCACAUACUACUUUACAACUCAGACAGAAGAAAACAGCGAACGUUUUGUUCUUUUUGUUCAGAAAGAAAAAGUGAGUUGCCCUGAGGAAGCGCCCAUCAUGUGGAUUGUUGUGGGUGUGGUCGGUGGAAUAUUACUUCUUGGUCUUGUUAUUUUAGCACUCAUCAAAGCCUUUUUCACUAUGGUGGAUCGCAUUGAAUACCAAAAGUUUGAACGAGAACGAAUGCACUCCAGAUGGACCAAGGAAAAAAAUCCCCUUUAUCAAGCUGCGAAAACUACUUUUGAGAAUCCAACAUAUGCUGGUGGAAGGCAGUAAUAUGUUCAGUCAGUGGAAACGUUUCAUGAACUUCCUGAGAUUAAGUAAUAUUCUUGUUUUCAAAAGUCGAUUUUAAAAACCAUCUUAAUAAUUAAUCAAUAAUUGCAGUGAACAUUUCAAACGAGUUGCUUUUGCUUAUGGUCCAUGAAUGCGUCACAAAAAGCAACAGUCAAAACGGCUAUUUCAUUAAACACAAGUCACGUUUUUGAAUUUUUUUGGUGACCCCUGACCUAGCCGUUUUUCUAGUUAAAGCUUUACUCAAGAAGAUAGUAGACUGCCUGCUAGUCGGCGCUAAACUAAUUUUGUUGUGUGAUACCAGUUAUAAAUAUUGUAAGAAGCAAUAUAUUAUUAUAUAGUAACGCACAUGAGAACAAUUCAGAAUAGACGUUGAUUGUAUAGUGUGAGUACUGCAUAUCGACAUGUGAACUGUUCCUUGUGCUUACAGCUGUCAAUAACUUAUACAGUACAUUUAGAGUUACAGUGUAAAUGUUUAAUUACACAAGCAAGUCAUAUCCUUGUAAAUUAAUCACGGCUGACAGAUUUCCUCAACUAUAAUGUCUUCUUGGGUUCUAUUAAGUAUUUUCAAAUUCCUAGAGUCCAGUGUAGUGGAAUAAACCUUGAAGCCUGUAGAAAUGUUUCAAAUCUUGGAAAAGUAAUUGGAAAAGACCACGUGAUGAUGGCGUCACUUGACCGUAACUACCACAGUCCUUCACUUUUUCUUUCUGCUAUGAAUUUCCUGAAAAAAGUGUACGAACCCUGCAUGGUAAUUGGGCUAUUUGUUAUUUGUUAUUUAAACUCCAGUGUGGUUUAGAAAUUUAAACAAUGAAGUAAAAGCAAUAAUUGAUUUUGGUAGUUGUGGUCUUAAUGAUGAAAUGGAGCAUUUGUGCUAUUGUUUUGACAUUAUAUUUACGGAUGCUUCUGUGGUUUUCGGAUACCUUUGUAAAUUUCCGGAUCAUUUCUGGAUAUCUUAGUUGUCCAAGACAUUCGAAAAUUAUUGAUGUCUUCUGUUACAGACAGUCAGUACUUAUAACUGUAAUAUAUGCAUUGACUCCAAACCAAUCAGAAUGGAGAUAUUUUGUCAGGCAUGUGAUAACAAGUUUUUUUAAAAUAAUGUUAAAACUAUUUUUUUUAAGUGUACAAAUAUUCUAAUAAAGAGAUUGCUGAUAUUUUUAAUUCA